AGUAUUUAUUCAAUGCAUUUAAUAUUCAAUGAUUAUUUUAUUCCAUAAGCACCUCUACAUAUGCACCGCAUAGUGUCAAACGUAGUUCCUUAUAUAUAUAACCCCUCAACAAAGCCCUGAAAUUCAAAGUAAAUUCCUAAUCUCAUCUGAUCAUGUCUACUAUAAAGGUUCUUCUUAUCUCACUACUUCUACUAUCAUUCCUUGUUACUACCGAAGUUGGUUCAACAGCUCUGAAAAUGCAUGUGAUCAAGCCUGGCGAAGGUCUGGUCGCAAGACUUCAGGGAGAAAAGGAUGGAGGGCUAAUGGACUGUUGGAAUGCAUUAUUAGAGUUGAAAUCCUGCACGAAUGAAAUCAUACUUUUCUUUCUUAACGGAGACAGCUACUUGACAAUGGAGUGUUGCAGAGCCAUUCGUGUCAUCACUUAUGGGUGCUGGCCUUCAAUGCUUACUUCUCUUGGCUUCACGUCUGAAGAAGGUGAUAUUCUUAAAGGUUAUUGUGGUGGCUCGCCUCUGCCACAACCUGUUAUGCUUGAAGGUCUACAUGUAUGAGAUGAUGUAAUAUAUAUGCGCUUUAAUAAUGUUUAAAAUAAAAACUCCAAGGUGAUAUGAGUCUUGAAUUAUGAAGAAAGUUUCUGUUUAUGUUAAACCUAAGUGCUUCUUACAUACUUGUUAUUGUGAUGGUGUUCAUCAUCUAUUCUUGAUUAUUUUAAAUUUAGUAAGUCAAAUUACCACCAAGUUGCCUGUUUGCUUUUGGAUGACUAUGAAAAUUCAAUCAAGUUUGGUUCGUUUUUGUUAAUUAACAUUGUGUAUUAACAUAAUAACAUUCCAAAUUCAUGUUAGGCUUCUGUCUAUUGGCAAUU